CAAAAAUAGUCCGUUCUAAAAUAAACACAUCUUUGUUGAUCCUUAAAUUAGUUUCUUUUAAUGAGUGUAAUCGGUCCUGUUUCAGUGUACCAGUGUGUGAUUAUCACCAACAAACUCAUUGUAAAAUUCAUUGUUGUGGGUGUUAAAGUAGGAAGCAAAUGACCCUCCAGUCCAAUUAACAAAAUGUAACGUUAGGUAUUUGAUAUUCUCGCAGUGUAAAUCCGUACUGAUUUCAUAAAAUAAUCCCGCAUUUAAAUAAUGUUAUAAAAAGAGCGUUUUCUGAAUACUAAUGAACACAAUUAACCGUCACUUGAAUUUCCUCUUCUGAUAUGAACUGCGUGCGCAGUAACUUAGAUGAUAGCACUUUGAUUAUGUUUCUCACAUUUUUAAGAUUGGAGAAUUGUGUUAUUCACAGAAGGUAUUCCCACACAUAAAAAUCAACAUGAAGGGUUCCUUUACCUUCCUGGCAAUAUGGCUCUAUUUAACAGCAAUUUACGUUUCAUCUCGAAAAUCAGAUAGCGGGAUUUGGUACUGGCAAUGUAACACAGACGAGGAAACCUGCACAAGAAUUUCAAGCACUGUGAGCAGAAACACAGAUACGUAUCCUACUUUAGAAACAUGUAGACUGGUUUGUGGCAAAUAUGGGGCGCUAUGGCCCCAGCCAACAAGUGUUACUAAAAUUAGUAGCACCUUAUUGAAGUUUCCUUAUCGUUCUAUAAAGUUUAAUAUCCCGGAUGAGAAAAACGAAGUUAACGAUUUUCUCCGCGAAAUAUCUUGGAUUUUCCUUGAAACAGUUGCAAAUGAGAAUACGACAAACUGUCCCGAACAAAAAAAUACAGUAACAGUCACUUUCACAGUACAAUCGGAUGAUACAACCCUUAAUUGGGGAACGAAUGAGAGUUAUAAUCUAGACCUAACAACAACAGGAAAUCAAAUUGGGGUUCAAAUAUCUGCUCCUACAAUUUUUGGAGCGAGACACGGUUUGGAAACAUUGUCACAGUUGAUGGAUGUUUACCCAAAUAAUGAUGGGACGAAAUGUUUGGUGGUAACAGACGAAGCGUCAAUUUCUGACGCCCCUUUUUUUCCACAUAGAGGAUUGUUGCUCGAUACUGCCAGAAAUUUCUUAACAGUUUCCAAGAUAAAGAAACAUAUCGAUGGAAUGGCCGCUUCGAAACUAAACGUCCUCCACUGGCACAUAACUGACUCGCAAAGUUUUCCCUUGGAGUUGCCUCAGCUUCCAAACAUGACAAAAUUCGGCGCUUAUUCGAGUGAUAAAAUUUACCACCCUGAAGAUAUUACCAAUCUUCUAGGCUAUGCUAAAUUGCGAGGAGUUAGGAUUAUAAUAGAGAUUGACGCCCCCUCCCAUGCUGGUAAUGGUUGGCAGUGGGGCCCCGAUGCAGGUCUUGGGAACCUGUCCGUUUGUAUCGACCAACAGCCCUGGAGGUCGUACUGUAUCCAGCCCCCUUGUGGUCAGUUGAAUCCAAUUAACCCCAACGUUUUUGACGUUUUAAAGCUUUUGUACAACGAUAUUGUUAAUAUGCUUCCAAAGGGGGAAAUUUUUCACAUGGGGGGUGAUGAGGUUUACAUUCCGUGUUGGAAUGCAACGCCUGAAAUUAUUACUUAUCUCGAGAAAAAUGGGAAACCUAGGACCACAGACACAUUUCUGGAUUUGUGGUCCGAUUACCAAAACAAAUCGCUUGCUGCGUUUGAUUUCGUGGCACGGAAUAGUGACACACCUAUCAUUCUAUGGACGAGUCAUUUGACCCAAGCUGAUGUUAUAGAAAAAUAUCUUUCAAAGGCCAGAUACGUUAUACAAACCUGGGUUCCCGCAAGUGACAAUUUGCCAACCUUGCUCCUAGAAUUAGGAUACCGGAUAAUUGUGUCAACUAAGGAUGCAUGGUAUUUAGACCAUGGGUUUUGGGGUACUACUGAAUAUCACAACUGGAGGGUUGUUUACAAUAAUAAAAUUCCGACUGGAGAUGGGGCUCUGGGUGGAGAGGUGUGUAUGUGGGGUGAAUAUGUGGAUGACAGUUCCGUGGAGUCAAGAGUAUGGCCAAGGGCUGCAGCUGCAGCUGAACGACUUUGGACCAAUCCUAGCGAUUACGUAAAACAGACCGAACGAAGGUUUUAUAGACACAGGGAACGACUGGUAGCCAGAGGCAUUCAUGCUGAAGCUCUGGUCCCAAGGUGGUGUUACCAAAAUGAGGGAGAAUGUUGGUAAUGGAAACAUUUUUUUAAUACAAUUCAUUUGCAUUUUA